CAAUUAAACCACAAGGGACAAACGAAGCACAGCAGCCCAGAAGCUUGACAAAUAAUUAAUUAUCCUUUUAAGGUUUCCAACCGCCAACCUGCCACCCCAUCCAAAAGCCUUAUAAAUACCAACGAGGGGAAGUCCCCUUUGAGUCUCUCACUGCAUUCCAUAAUUCCAUUCUGCACAAUCCAAAAUCUACAAGCUUAUUAGGAUCUCAGAGUCUCAAAGAGUUCAUAUUUUCUAGCUAGCAGAGGCAUGGCUUUGGUGGUUAGAGUCUUGGCUUUAGUGGUGGCGGUGAUGGCUGUUUUGGAGAUGUCCAGUGCAGCUGUGUACAAGGUCGGUGACUCUGCCGGGUGGACCACCAUCGGCAAUGUCGACUACAAACAAUGGUCUGCCACUAAGAAUUUCCAACUUGGUGAUGUUAUCAAAUUCGAAUACAACUCUCAAUUCCACAACGUGAUUCGCGUCACGCACGCCAUGUACCAGUCAUGCAACGCCUCAGUGCCCUUGGACUCCUACUCCACUGGAAACGACUCAAUCACAAUCACCACCAAAGGCCACCACUUCUACAUGUGCGGGGUCCCCGGUCACUGCAAGGCCGGCCAGAAGGUCGACAUAAACGUCAUUCGCCAUCCUUCGUCGGCUGCUCCAACCCCUUCCGCGUUGGCCUCUCCAAUAGUUCCUGCUCCGCAUGCACCAGUGCCAGGUCCAAGCUCGGCUGCUCCGUUACAAUCUCUGGUGGGACAUUUUGCUUUGCUGGGAUUAACACUUGCAGCACUCGCACUUCUUGUUUCUGGUCUUGCUUAGUCACUCUAGUUUAUUGGUUCUAUAUAUAUGGGCAGUAAUUUGGGUCUCUUUACGGACUUUUUUGAGGUGGGCUAGUAGUAAUUUUCGUGCUUGAUAUACAGACAUUACAUAUACAGGUUACUCAACCUUCAAAUAAAUUUCUGAUAUCAUCAAA